AUGGCUUUAAGUGAUUGGCUGGCAGCACAAUCUGUCUUUUCUGACACUGGUGUGGCUUUUCUGAACGAACGACUGCCCUUUCUGCCAAGACAUGUUCAGCGACUGCUCGAGCAUCAGUGUGUGGACCCCAUUAACGUGCAGCCAGCGCAGAUUAUUCCAGCUGGCGUCGAAGAAAAUCACUCAACGGAUGCGACAGUGCUCAUUGUAGAACUUGCAGUGCAAGGAAACAACAUUGUGGGAGCCAGUCAGCUCCCCUGGAUUUUACAGCGAAGGCGCUCUCAGAGCGAACUACCUCGCCUGUACGAAUUAGAGCGCGCCGUUCAGGCCGAAAUUAAGGACAUUUGUGGUCGUGAAGAGCUUUUUUUGCGCUCAACAUCAGAACUUACAUCUUUGAUGAAAAAGCUCGGUCAAAAACAUGGCCGCGCCUACUUUCGUUACGUGUUGCGCAAUGUAUUUGGCGAAAAGUCCAUGCUCUACGAAGUUUGCGGACCCCCCUCGACAAAACAGGUCUGUGCGUACGCCAAAAGCGUCAUUCAGCGGAUGGCCAAAGCUAUUCACUUUGCUCCGCUCGUAUUACGUGCUUGCUGCUACUACAUGCUUACUGAAUUUCGCAAGGCCUUCCCGGAUUGCAAGCAAGAUGCGCGUAUUGUGGUAGGGAGUCUGCUCUUCCUACGUAUUAUUUGUCCCGCGCUCAUCAAACCCGAAAUGUUCGACUUUCCUGCACAUACGUCGCAGUCGCUGCCCGUGGCUGUGCAGAUUGCUAAAAUCUUGCAGCACACUCUUAGUGGCACACCAGUCGGCGACAGCAAUUCCGGGUGUGACGAUAGCAACGCCUUUAUCAAUACCUACCAGCCCUUUGUCGCGAGUUUUCUCGUGCGUUUCCCACAACUGCGAGUUGUAUCCGGAUGUGAUGAACCAUCGCAGAUGUCUGAAUGGUGUGAACUUGCAGCGUGGGAUGGCCGUAAUGUGUCGUCCUCAGGUACUAGUAACUGGAGAGCAUCACAAUUCUGGAAUGUCCAGCGCCCUACCGGCAAAUUCCGCGGGCUGUCUUUGAGUGUUAGUGAUGUGAUCAAAAACAAAAAGAAGUUUUCACUGCGAUUUUGGUCGAGAGGUUCUACUGGUGAUGUUAACGUCUCCCAGCGGCCAACUCCAUCAAACAGCUAG